GAAAGUUUCACAUUUACAAAGAAUCAACAUUUUCUGACGAAAGGAUCAGCGUCUAAAUCUGAUACUCAAGGAUGGCGUUCCAACCGGAGUUCGGCUAUGUGGUUUUGGUCGUCUUCGCUUCAAUCUUGGUGCAUCACGGCUACAUGGCUUUCAGUGUCGUAAAAGCACGCAAAAAGUACAAUGUGAAGUACCCCGCACUAUAUGCAGACAAGGAAAACAAAGAUGCAGAGCUGUUCGAUUGUGUCCAGCGUGGCCACCAGAACUCUCUUGAAAAUUACCCGCAGUUUCUUGCCUGUCUCAUCCUUGCGGGCCUGUCUUACCCCGUCACCUCAGCUAUCACGGGCGUCAUCUAUUUGAUUGGCAGGAUCGUCUACUUCCAGGGGUACGCGACUGGAGUACCCGGCAAGCGCCUGCGUGGUGCUUUCUUCAACUUUGCAAUGCUCUUCUUCUAUGGUCUUCUGGUGAAGUCUGCGAUAUCAAUGCUGCAGUCUGCUUCAUAGGUUUCUGAUCAUUUCCUGUGCUACUGCUAGAUUAUUGAGGCUCAUUUCAUGCUGUCUGUUCAGACUCAAGAAGCUUGAGUAUCAGUGUACUACGUAGGCCCACCAAUUAACAUGGCCAUAUAUCUAAUGGUGCAUGGGUUUUGUGGCUGUCAUGUAUUUGUGGGCCCUCAGAUGCCCAUCACCUGCAGGGCUGAGAAGCUGAUAAUCUCUGUAGAUGUAAUUUUUUUCUUCCUCC